CAAUGAAGCUUCUACUUCUAAUUCUCACCUCCUUCAUUUUCUGCUUCUUCUUUCUCCUCCAUGGCCUCAACCUUUACCGAACAAGAAGACUCCCUCCAGGGCCCCUCGGCUUCCCCAUUAUCGGAAGCCUCCUCGAACUUGGACCAAAACCACAUGAAUCCCUAGCCAAGCUCGCACACAAACAUGGUCCAUUCAUGACCAUCAAAUUAGGAACCAUCACGAGUGUGAUAGCAUCCACACCCGAUGCCGCUAAAGAUGUCCUCCAACGCAAUGAUGGCGCCUGCUCUGGUAGGACUAUGCCAGAUGUUGCCACCGCGUUGGAUCACCCUGAAGCGGGUAUCUUAUGGAUGCCACCAGACGAAACAUGGCGGGCAAUUAGAAAAGCACUCAACAUUUAUCUUACCAACCCAAAGAAACUUCAUUCGAAUAUGGCCAUUCGCCAUAACGUGGUCCAAGGGGCGUUAGAUUUCCUUCGGGAGUCCGCGCGAAAAAGGUCGGUAGUGGACGUUGGAAAGCUAGUAUUUUCCGUCUCACUCAACCAAAUGUCCAACACAUUUAUUUCACAAAAUGUGAUCAACUAUAAUGACUCAAAUAGUGUUGAGAGAUUUAAGAUGGCCAUGGAUACGGUGAAAAAGACACACGGGAAGUUCAACAUAACUGACAUGUUUCCUUUGUUGAAACCGUUUGAUCCACAGAACCUACGACGUCAAAUGAAGAUGGCUCACCACUUGUUUGACGACGUUGUAGAAGUUGCCUUACGCGAGAGACGAAAACAUCGAGAGUUGAAGAUGCAGAGGUAUGGCGAUAUGUUAGAUUCAUUGCUCGACUACAGUCAAGAAAACAAAGACAAGUUUAGUCUCAUACACGUCAAGUCUUUAAUUGUGGAUUCUUUCCUUGCGGGAGCAGACACGUCCCCAAGAACGACAUCAUGGGCAAUGACUGAAAUGUUGUUUAACCCUGAUGUGUACUCUAGAGUUCGCAAAGAAGUUAGUGAAGUUGUUGGAGAAGAUGGAAAAGUCCAUGAAGCCAAAAUCCUUGAUCUACCGUAUUUACAUGCUGUAAUCAAGGAAACAAUGAGGCUUCACCCACCGAUUCCCUUAUUGGCACCUCACAAGACUAUGAAAGAAGUAAAACUCGGCGACUUUAUUAUACCAACAAACACACAAAUUCUUGUGAAUGCAUGGGCCGUUGCACGAGAUCCAAAUUACUGGGAAAAUCCAUCAGUGUUUAUGCCAGGAAGGUUUUUGGGAAAUAAGGUUGAUUAUAAGGGUCAACACUUUCAGUUUAUACCAUUUGGAUCAGGUAGAAGGAUGUGUCCAGGAACACCUUUGGCUCACAGGAUGGUAAGUUUAAUGGUGGCAUCAUUUGUGUAUCAUUUUGAUUGGAAUCUUCAUCAUAAAGUCGACAUGGAUGGCAAUUUGGACCUUUCAACCCAAUUUAUCGCUACCCCUAUUCAUUGUUUAAAUAGUUGUAGAUGA